UAACGUGCAAACGAAGAAUGGCGUGCCAUCUGAUGGUGACGAGAUUACUAGCGCGAUGGAUACUUCUGGUUACUUCUAAUUAUCAUUACUGCGGAUUAAGCUUGUCUACUCUAAUCGAUCAGUCAGUAAUUCAAGUUUUUUUAUUUUUAGACAAAAUAGGGUCCAGUUCCUUGUUCGCUGGUCACUCGUGCAAAGAAAUCAAAGAUAUUGGUGAUUCUGUUGGAGAUGCGGAGUACUAUCUCGAUCCUGGUAAAACUGGAAAUCCCUUCAAAGUCUACUGUGAUAUGACAACUNGGUCCUUAUACAGCCUUUUUUAUGCAGUAACAAAAAAAAACAUGAGGAAAACUGCCCUGAAAUUUAUUGUUCGAUCGCUAUUCUCAAACACUUUCGCUUUUUUAGGAGGAUGGACUUUAAUAAAGAGGUCAGUCCUGCCCAGCACUACUUCCCCAAUUGUACCUGUAAUGCGAUCAGACUACAGAUACCUCAGUAACUACAAGGACUAYAAGCAAAWUAUUUAUGCAUCAGGCAUAAAUCARCUAAGAAACGACAUGGGYUUCCACCAGAUUCGGUUUCGAUGCCACAAGAAAAGYAUCAAUCGAACCAUUCACAUCAUGACCACCAACAAUACCGCUGGCCACAAAGUACUGGAUCACUUUACUGUCAAAGCAUCUUGGCCUGAAGCAUGCGGUUCGUUUCAAAUGCUUCCUGAUGAUACCUCCAUCCUGUCACGGAAUUGCAUGAAAUGGGGGUAUGAUAGUAAUAAUAAAGUAGAGGCUAAUUUAUGGGGGAAGUAUGGGAAUCCAGGGGAGCAAAGGUUAUACUACAAGACAAUGACAUGGGGCGAGAGAUACUGUUUCAAUUGCGUGAAUAUGUUCUUCUGUGAUGACUGUUUUGGAGUUCAAGGUAAACUCACCAUUGGAGACACUUGGGAAAUAUUUGUUCGAUAAACUAAGGCUAUGAAGGGCGUAUCCAGUUAGGGGCAAGGGGGGCCACUGUAGACCCUCCUAUGGACAUAAAGAAUAAACUGUUUUUAUUAUUUCAAUUGUUGUUUGUAACAAAUAAAGUUCAUUUAGCCCCCCUUUAAAACUAUGUAGCCCCCCCCCCUGAAAAUUUCAGCUCGAUCCGCAAUUGGCUGUUAUCACCUUAUGCACUCAC